AUGGAUGCGCUCACGUCACGCCUCGAUGCCUUGGUGCUCAACCCUGAACUUGCACCACUACUAUCACUCGUGAAAGGCGCACGGAAUGGCAUAGUCUACGGCUCCAAAGUGCGAUUUCCGCACGCGCUGGUAAUGAUAUUUCUUUUCCGAUCGGGAACAUUCCGCGAAAAGGUCAAGCUGGUCUUGAAUGCGACUCGCCUCCACGCCCGAAACCUAGCCACCUUUGCUACGAUAUAUAAGGCAUCCAUGAUCAUACUUCGAAAUCUUCCUGCUGGACAGGGCAAAGAAGGUCGCUAUGACAGUUUCUUUGCUGGAUUACUGGGUGGAUACGCCGUUUUUGGUCGGCAGCGGGGAAGUAUCAGCCAGCAGGUAUGCCGAAAGUCCCCACACCGAGGCCGAAUGGAAUGGAAGGGACCUCGGGUCAAGAAUCGCAUCGCGCUUCCGACGGCUAAUUCGAAUCCGUAUCUGCAGAUCGUUAUUUAUGUCUUUGCUCGGGUGAUGCUCUCCCUUGCGAAACUUUCUGUUCAGCCCGGGAUGCAUCCGCUCUCAUCUCUCAUAACACCCCAAGCUCGGACUUCCAUCACGGAUAAUGCCUGGCCGGUUUUCGCCAGUAUGAGCUGGGCGCUCGUCAUGUACCUCUUCCGAUGGUACCCAGAGACUCUGGCAUCGAGUCUGCGGAGUAGCAUGGUAUACAUUUAUGCGGACUCGGACCACUGGAACUCCUUCCGAAACUUAUUGAUACACAACAAAUAG